UUUAUUCGUUUUUUUGCUUUGCAUUCGCUUUGAGAUGUUAUUAGGUGAGGUGCUCAUCAGGUGCAGGAUGCAUGUGCCCCAUGUGUCUUUCGAUCUGGUUGCAUAGUAGACGGUCAAAUGAUAUCAAUGGCAUUUUGGAAGGUUACCUUUGAUAGAUGGCAACAGUUGCAUUUGACCAUCCCAGUGUUAGAAGUGGUGGUGGCUAAGGUGCGUAGUGACCCGCUCUAUCCACUGGGGGAUGAUCGAGUUCUGCCUGCGCUGCGGCACAUGCUCGACUUGGACGAGGCACAACUCCUCAAUAACACGCACAAUGGGAAAUUGGGGAGGUAGAGGCAACGGACAGAUGUGUGAUGCGCUUACUUAACCGUGGGCGAUUUCACAUAUCAACAUAAACUUUUAUUUGUCCUCUCUCCGACGCAGCUUCUUUGACCAGGCUGAGCUAUUGAUACUCGCUAGACCUGCGUUUUAAUUGUAUUUUUUGUUGCUGUCAGCACCGUUGCAGCGGUGGAUAUUUUUUUCGGGAAUGGGGGUGAUACUCAAUAGAUAGAUCCUGUUGAAUUGAGACAAGGCAACGCCGAGACGCGUCCAAAAAGUGUAAUCCCUCGAGUGCAAUCGACCACAGAUGUAUAGGUGAUAUGUUCGCCGGUUGGAUACGUCGAGGGAUUUUAAUAUUCCCAAAACAAGAUGCGAAAUUGGGCAAACCAAGGAAUUGCAUCCUCACCUACAGCACAUUGUGUAAGGUGCUGAGACGAUUUCGCUCGGCCUUUAUCAAAUCUGCUGAAGACGUCAGCGGAAUAAAGUCAUUCAGAAUCACUGAAGGUGUACAGCAUAAAAGGGCCGGUUUUCUCAUCACCUAAAAUGGCAACCAGGAGGGACCACGAAAAGGCAAAAAUGCCGUAUUUCUGCAAGUACUCACACUGGAGUUAAACACCUGAGGGACAAAUUAGGUGGUUUUGUCAAUAUAUUGUCCAACAUCUGGUGAUUUAAUAGGCUAUACAUUUGAAAAGCCUAAAAGGCCUACCCAUCCACAGCCUAUAUUCACUUGGCUGUAAUAAUGAUGUCAUAAAAUAAGGAGUCCGUUUACAAAAAUAUAUUCAUGUGUUCUAUGUCAAAGACAAUGUGAACUAUAUUGCAAAAAUGGACUUUUAAUUACGCAUUCUUAAGUCACCUAAGACUCACUGAAUAACAGGUGCCUGCUAUCUGUCAAAGCAGGAGCAACCAACCUGUGAGCCCUUUGCUACAAUUUGCUACUUCCCAUUGUCCUACACGUGUCGUCGCUAAAGGGAUUAUAUCAUUCACCGAGAACUGAAUCUACACCCUCCUCAAAAUGGAGUUUGCCAUGAUAGGUGCAGAUAAUGGGUGCAAAACUCGACUGCCUUACGGGUAUGCUCGCGCACGGGAAAGGGAGCACGAAAGGGAGAGACAGGUACAGCAGGCAACAGCCGCUGCGGAAGGUGCAGCAAGUGGAGAGGGAGGAGAGUCCUCUGGCCAUCUCCAUAACAACCACCAGCAGCAUCAGUCUCGCACCGCCUCCUCAUCAAAUGCCAACAACAGUAGCGGCAGUACCGCCUCGCGCCCCUCCUCCUCGCAACAGCCACAGCAGCACCACCAUGAGUCCGAGCAGCAGGUUCUCCGAGAAAGAAAAAAGCAACGCGGCGUAGGACGUUGGAGAAGGAGUCGCCAGACUCUCGGUGGGGACUUGCGCCACUCGGAGUUGGCGCUACUUGGAUCAGAGGAGGAUAUGAUAGAGGAGGACGAGGCGGAAGGCGGAGAAGAGGAGGACAGGGGAAGCAAGAGUUCCAGUUUUCUCUGUAAUAUGGAUGAUGAAGAUACUGUCUCACUCACAGACAGACGUCCCCAAUCAGGAUACGCAAAUGUUUACAGUGAGUAUGGGUGCUGCGAAAGAGUUGUUAUUAAUGUGUCCGGACUAAAGUUUGAAACUCAACUUAAGACUCUCACACAGUUUCCUGACACUCUUUUGGGAGACCCGGACAAACGAAUCAGGUACUUCGACCCUCUAAGGAACGAAUAUUUUUUUGACAGGAACCGACCAAGCUUCGACGCCAUUCUUUAUUAUUACCAGUCAGGGGGGCGAUUGAAGAGACCCCAAAAUGUACCUUUUGACAUCUUCUCCGAGGAGGUGAAAUUCUAUGAACUCGGAGAGGAGGCAAUAUUGAAGUUUCGGGAGGAUGAGGGUUUUGUCAAAGAGGAAGAGAAACCCUUACCAGAGGACGAGUUCAAACGCCAAGUGUGGCUUCUUUUUGAAUACCCAGAGAGCUCACAACCUGCGAGAGGGAUUGCAGUCGUGUCCGUUUUAGUCAUCGUUAUAUCAAUAGUCAUUUUCUGUAUGGAAACGUUGCCAGAGUUCAGGGACGAAAAAGAAUACCUUAAACCACGAGACAAUUCGACAGAACCUCAUGGACAGACCCCUUUUAACGACCCUUUUUUCAUUGUGGAGACGGUAUGCAUUAUUUGGUUUUCAUUUGAGAUUAUAGUGCGCUUCUUUGCAAGUCCAAGUAAAACGGAUUUCUUUAAAAACAUUAUGAAUACUAUAGACAUUGUAUCGAUUUUGCCUUAUUUCAUCACGCUCGGCACAGAUCUUGCCCAACAGCAAGGCAAAGGGGACCAGGCAAUGAGUUUUGCAAUCUUGAGAAUAAUCCGCCUUGUCAGAGUCUUUCGCAUAUUCAAACUCUCCAGGCACUCCAAAGGACUGCAGAUCCUCGGACAUACCCUCCGCGCCAGUAUGAGGGAACUAGCGCUUCUGAUUUUCUUCCUCGUCAUUGGUGUUAUUUUGUUCUCAAGUGCAGUGUACUUCGCCGAGGCAGACGAACCCGCGUCUCAAUUCACGAGUAUUCCCGACGCUUUUUGGUGGGCUGUCGUCACUAUGACCACGGUCGGAUAUGGAGACAUGAAACCAAUAACUGUCGGUGGCAAGAUAGUGGGCUCUCUCUGUGCCAUAGCGGGUGUGUUAACCAUAGCUCUUCCAGUGCCCGUCAUUGUAUCCAACUUCAAUUACUUCUACCACAGGGAGACUGAUAAUGAAGCGGACCCGCCACCGGUUGUUGAAACCCCACCACCUGUCUGCCCCUAUUUCCCCAACUUUCUAAAGAAAUUCAAAGGGUCCCCCUCAGGCUCUUCGCUGGGUGAUAAAGCGGAGUACAUGGAGAUGGAAGAGGGGGUAACGGAGUCGCUGUGUGGGGUGGAUACAAGCCUGAGUAAAGGAAACGGGACAGACAUUGGCAGGAAAAACAGUACAAGUUCAAAGUCACAACAGACUGACGUGUGAUGACAAAAAAAAAAGAUUAUUCUCGUGAAGAAAAUAUAUGCUGUCAUAUCGCACACACAUAGGUGGUCAGACUCACACAAGUGCGCACUUGCGCGCAUGCACACACACACUUUAUAUUUAGCUAGAUCUUGGGAAGCUCAAACAUGGGUGUUUUAUUUUGCCAUGUGGCUGCUUAGAGGAAUAUAGGCCUACGGAAAAUAGACGCCCAAAUCAAAAGCUUUAAAACUAUUAUGACCAAUGUAAUCAGAUGAUAUCAGAUAUCGGCUACCUAUCAGGGCCUCGUAAACCUACAAAUGAAAUCGAAAAUAUUUAAGGGACAAGCUAAUGCAUAUGCACUUUAUGAGUUUCAUUUGUCAAUAAUGGAAGGGGAGAAAUAGUUAUUGUUUUGCUGUUAUGCGAUCAAGUCAACGUUUAUAGUAGGCCUAGUUUGCACUAUUGUAAAAGCUUGUUUGAGACGCUGACUUUCAAGAGAGAUAGACUUGGAAGUUAUAUUGAGAGACAGAAACUGUAGGACAUAUGGCAACCUAGACACCCUUCGUCUGACAUAAUGAGUAUUGAGAUGUUUUUAUUCUGAACAAGAAUCAAUUCUUAUUGCGUUUCAGUGUAGGUCUAACCCCUCUGUGUACACAAUAAAAUAAUCAUUCAAUAUCGACCGGAAACAAAUUGAAUAGCUAAAUAAUUUGUGAGAUUCUUGAGUAAAUGAGCAUGAUGCCUAUUUUGGCAGCACACUGAGGUCAACAAGUGAGACGCUUGGCAAACAACAUUCUUUGCAACGAUUAGGACAAAAUAAAGCCUUGUAUUGACCGACCACCGAGGUGAAGCACAGGAAUUACACUAGCUCCUCUGCAGACUGACAUGAGAAAUUGCUCCACACUGGCAGUCACGAGAGGUCCUGCACGGAUAUCUUGUGCGACUACAACUCCGUCCCUUUAAAACCACCUCAAACUAACGGACAAUAUCCCUUUACACGGACGUUGACUGAAACUUAUUUGGGGAAAAAAUUACUGUCAUCAUGGAAACUUUGGGUUUGUGAACUUAAUCAGUUGUUCGCUGGACCUAGUGCACAUUUCUCUAAAAUGAGAAAGGAAGGUCUGUUGGUCAUCCCAGAAAGCACCAAGAUCUCCAGCAGGCGGCUGUUUUCCAAGUGCUGUCAGUUGAUGGCUUAGGAGAGGAUGUGCUGGCUGGUACUCUUGGAAUUGGCAGAGAAAGAGCAAAUAUUAUGACUGGUCAUCUGGGGUGAGACAACGGACAUCGAUAACCACAGAUCUACUGCAAGAGUGAACCCAGCGAUCGGACAUCGGAAGUUUGAAUGGACAAAUUAGACAGUGGGACACUAUACGGAGUGCACAAGGAACGAAAAUCUUUCCUAGUAAACCUGGAGGCAGGGAAAUGAGUAAGUCAUGGCCCAAAUGAUUGCCUUAAUUAUUACAUAUAUACCAAUAUAUGAAGUGAUGAAACUAGAGACUUAUCUGAGUUCAAAUAUGUUUUUCUUUAUGUGUGAAACAGUGUCUUGUAAGGAACAGAUGUGAAUAUUUUAAUAAGAUAGAGAAAAAUUGUUUGGUUGUAAUGUCGACAAUGUUUUAGUUGGGUCUGCUUUGUAGGUGUCAUUGAUAACCAAAUGGUGGAGCUGCUCUCUGCUUACUUGCAGCCAGCAGAAUGAGUUGAUCUAUUUUUAUCUCGUUUCGUAUUGUCAACCAAAAUAAGGCUGGCUUGAGGCGGAGCUGCUCACUCAGCUACCAGCUACAAUGUCUUUCAAUUCACAACAUCGUGUUAUGACAACUAUAUUCCAACUCAGAAAGGAGUAGGGAGUCAAAAAUUAGACAAAAUGACUCUACAAUAUACAUGAAACAUAUCUGAUUAUUUUUCUCCUCUUUUUUUUCACAUACUGUAAGCAUCUGUUCACACACUCUCAAACACAAAAGAUGUCAGGUACGCACACACACACACACACACACACACACACACACACACACACACACACACACACACACACACACACACACACACACACACACACACACACAGAAUGAUCUACCGAAGUGACACAAAGGGUUUUCCCUAAGAUGCAAAUUGUAUUAUGUUAGUGAUAGAAUUGACCAGCUGCUUUGUUGACGCAAACCUCGAUCCAUUUAAAGUUAACUGUAUGCAAAGUAACAUGGAAGUGUGUUCUAUAUUU